AUGAUAAAAAAUUAUUAUAAACAGUCUAGACAAUAAUCGUAUGUAUCAUAGCAAAAAAGAGGUUGUGAAUUUCAUUGUAACUCUAAAUACCAAUCAAAAUCUAUUACUCCUAAUAAAUUGAGGGUUCAAUAAAAAUAAUCUAAUUAAAACCUUAAAUCGAAAUUCAGAAUCCCCAAAGGAGAGCAAAAGUAUUUUCAGGAGUGCUUUCCAGAAGAAUAUACUAUAUUUUCCAUAAAUAAUGAUAUCUAUUUUGAAAAGGAUAUUAUUAAAUGCUAGUAAAAGGAUUCGCAACUUAAUACAACUUUAGAAGGUUCAUCAGAUGAGGAUCCAACUCAGCUUUAAGAUUUCACUCUUUAGGCAUCAUUCAAUCCUUUACAAUACACUUAACAUUAACAUAGCUCUAGGUUUGUUUAUUCGAAUAGAGAGAGAAUUUUCGAGGAGAGAAGAACUUCAUUAAGUCCUAUGUAAAGAAGUUUAUAUUUUAGAAACAAUAGUUAGUUGCAAAGUAGCAAAAGGAAAAUAUUUGAUUGA